AUGGAACUCUCCAUUCCGCACAACCCCAAUCGUCUUCCCUUUUCCUCAUCACCACCACUCUCCCGAAACCCCAACAUUUUCACUCUAACCGCACCACGCGCCGGCAGAAAACUCCGGUUACGAGUUUCGGCCACCGCUGAACCUGAUGGGGCGUCGUGGUCGCAGUCGCUGCGGCGUGGGUCGCGGCGGUUCUGGGUUAAGUUUGGGGAAAUGGUGAAGAAGGAGACGGGUCUCGACCUUGAAAACGGCAGCGUGAAGAAGGUUGCCGAAGUUGUUAGCGGGGAUGAAUUGCGAAGGGUUGGGACUCAGUGGUUGUCUCAGUUUAUCGAUUGGAACCGGUGGGAACGGUGGAAGUGUGGGAAUGUUGCGUUAGUAAUUUAUGUUCAUAUUUCCGUUGUACUGGAGACGCAUUUGGAUGGAGAUAGGAAUCAAAGUGACUGA